AUGUAUUGUGCCGUUAGCUAUUUUAAACCAAACAGCGUAAUGGGUGAGGAUGGAUUUUCUAUCGAGGAAGCUUAUCGUGCAGUAUCAAAAAAUGGACCAAUAGAAACUUUUAAAAGAGAUUUAAAUAAAGUAGGUACUGGCAAGUAUUGGAUGUACACUGAAGAAUAUUUUUAUCCAAGACAAUUUUAUAUAAUCAAAAUUGGACCAAAAUUUGGAAAUGGUACACAAGUUGACGAAAUAGAUAUACAAUAUAUUGUUGUAACUGAUGCCAGUAAAUUGUCCCUGACAGUUUAUGCAAGAGAAGCAAUGCUUUUCUUUAAAAAGUAUAAUAAAGAAGUUAUGGACUUUUUAAAAGAAAAAGGAUUUGGGGGAAAAUUAUUUUGGAAUUCCCCAAAACCAAUAUAUCAAGGAAAUGAUUGUGAUUGGCCAUCUGAAAGAGAAGUGUUUGCAAGAAGGUUAGGUCUUAUAGAUAAAUAG